AUGCUGAAGAAGGAGAAGAAGCGCACGGCUGAGUUAGAGAAGCAAGGUGGCGGCCGACUCCUGGACGGUAUGGGCGCGGCACCGGAUGGGAUCAGACGGAGCGCUAGUCAGCCGCAAAGUGACGACUCAGAGAACGAACUGUCGAAGAUAAGAGCUGCGAGCAGAACACGUGUGAGAGACAGGCCAUUGUCUGAUACCACUGAGGUCUGAUUGAAUAAAUAUUUCCUCCCUAGCCAUUAAAAAAUUGUUGAGUGUUCACCUAUUAACGUAUCAUGUUAGCGAAAGUUUUCAGACUUCACUAGAGGUGUGAUAUGUAGACGACGAUACGACCAUAAUGAGAGGGUUGAGAGUGAAAAAUACUCUUUGUUAAAUAUUCAUCCACAGCCAACAAAUUAGGAAUUCACGUAGCUCUAAAGAAAUCUGUAACGUUUUUCUUUUAUGAGUUUGUUCUUAAGUUCUCGGGAGUGAGUUAAGGCGCCCUAUUUCGCACUUUUCUUGAUUAGAAUCCCUCCGAACGAAAUCCAAGGUUUAUCUCGUGUUUCGUUCUACAAGAAACUUGUUUGGAUUUUAAUCUUUGUGGGCGACUUUUCAAUCAGCGUUUGUCGUUGUCGUAGAUUAGUAUUAAUUCUCUGCUUUUCUUAGAACAAUUAGAACUCUAUAGGCACUGGGGAGAAAAUGAGGAAAACGCGGCUCCGCCAUGCGAGUUGAUGGAGGUUCUUUCGAGUGGGUGCGUUUUCCGCGAGGUUCAAUUGCGGGUGGUCAAUGCGUGUUUUUAUCUUUUGUUCCUUUUAGAAUCGUCAGCAUCCUCAAGCACCUGGUGAUGAUCCAACUAAUCACAGACCUCCAUCUGCUUACAGAAGGAAACUUGGUGGGUGAACUAGCGAAAGCUUCGUUUGUGUUGCAAUCAGUCCUGAUUUAACAUUGAUUUCACCCUACCAAGCAUCCGCUCUGAUCCGCACUACUAAAAAUGAAGAACUCAUUUGAAACAAAACAGAAAAAAGAAUCCUCGAGGGUACGGCCUUAAAAAUUGGGGCAAAACGAUACAUUACUUAAAGUAUAUGUAUCAUAGUAAAGGUUGUAGCGUUUGAUGAAAAAAUGUUCUUUGCAUAUGACAAGUUUAGCAUUUCCGAUGCGUGAAUGUCUUCUGUGCAUUGGUCAUCCUCUUUUGCGUUCAACUUCUUUAUCUCUACCACUCUUAAGAGCGAGUUUCCGGCAGACUCCUUUCCUCGGCGAAAACGGCAAAGGCUGUUUCAGUUACUGUAAUGUUUUGUUCUACAUUCUAGAUGAGAUGUCUGUCGGACGAAAAGAAGCUUUUGAGACGUUCCGCCGAGACUAUCCUCACAACGAUACGAUAGAGGAAAACAAACAAACACUCAAGCAAAGGUUAUUGUCUCGGACUGAUUGUUUGCUGCUUUUCCUUUAACUUCUCUUGAGAAUUUAAGUUGACAACUUAAGAGAAUCUUGUACCUGAUCAUUCUGAUGACCACGCUGUUAGAAUGGAUUGAAGAAAUAUUCACAUUUGAUUGCGUCUUUUGUUUUCAGAUACGCAGAGGCCAAACAGCUUGGAGAGCAAGUGAAUUCUUCGCGACAAAAGAUCAGUAAGUCUUGUCUGCUAAAGAGAGCGACUAUCGUCCUUCGUGUACAUCACAGUCGUCUCCAUGUACAGACAGUCGUCUCUUCAUGUGCAGGCAGUCGUCUACCUUGCUUGCAUGAUUUGUGACCUUUUUCAGAGAGUGUGUAUCUUUAAAGUGCCUUUUUUUAAAUUCCAGAUUCUAUCAAAACUCAAAUCGAGCAACAAAGAGUUCGCCGAUCGAUGCAAGGUACUGUCUUAGUUAAGUUCUUUUGCAAGACGUACACUGUAAAUAGGUACCGCUGCUGUCUCACUCGUUUCGCAAAAGCCUUUGUGCCAAUGAUCUGUAAACAAUAUUUUUUGUUAACCUAAAGGUUUUGUAAACGGCACCGAAGGAAUAGAUGAUGUGGACCCUGUAGAGCAGAGCCUGAGGCAAGCUAUUGAAGAAGAGAAAGCCAAGUAAGUGAAUGGCGUGGAUUUCAUGAAUGUUCCAAAGCCUUACGUUCGUCGUUGAAAUUGAGUUGUGCUAGUCUUCAAAUAAGUGAAUUCAAUUUCGUAUGAAUUGCCUUCGAUGGAAAUCGGUGACAGAAUAUCCCCAUUUGUUACAGAACAAACUAUCCUAGUAUUUAGCACAGAUUACGGAUUUCCCGCGCUUGUCAUUAGCCACGCGUUUUUCCGCGCGUGAAGUGUACCUUGUGAUUUCAUGCGUCUGCUAUCAGUCAAGCUUUUCCCGCAGUUUAUUUUGUGACCAUUUUUGGCUUCGAGAUGGGGUCAUCUCUUAGUUGGCCACACUAUUAGAAUGUCUGUGCUGCCCUGUGCUUUAAUAAACUUGCACGUCAACAGACGAAGGAUUGGUAGUAGUUGGUGAAGAUCUACUGAGUGCGUGAACCUUAAACAACAGAGUGAGUAACGAUCUCUAGCAGAUAUUCAGUAAGCAAGCCUUCUCUUUCUUAAAUUAAAUUUGUUUUUGCCCAUUAAUUACCUUAGAUAUAAGGACAGUUUCACUCGUCUUCGAUCCCUGAAAACUGAGAUCGAGCAUCUUCAACAUCUGCUGGAAAAAGCCAAAGUUAAGAUGCAGAAAGAUUUCGAAAUAUGGUGGGCAGAACAGGCGGCGUUCAACCAGGUUUGUUUUAAUUUUAUGGGGCCCGUGCGCUGCCUCUCGUUCAAUUCUACGAUUUGUCUCUCGUACGCUGUUAUCUGUGAAUUUAUUCUCAGAGACGUGAUCGAACUUUGAAUUUAAAAGCGCUCAUAUCACUUAAAACUUCUCUCUCUUACCUCGUAUCCUUCCUUCCAUCUAAAUAUGUUGAUAUACUAAUGUGUUAAAGCUUAUAGCAUAAAUCACACCAAAGAGCGAAAAUGAUUAUCGUAUGCCACGUGAAUAGGAGUUUAAGAUUUUGGGGGAGUUGGAUAGAAGUUCCUGGAAGAAAUUUAUUCCAUGCUACUUUGUAUAUAUGAUAUUACUAUUUUGCUUCUAAUUCUAUUUGUGUUUACAAACCAAACUUUCCUCCUCAGACACCCGAUGAAGUUCGAGCAGCAUGGAAGACCCCUCCGAUAUCGCCCGUUAGACCUCCGUCCGCUUCUCGAAGACGUGAUUUAGACCCGGGUGGCACGUCGAAUCCCCGAGAUGAGUCCUCUCGCAGCGCAAGACCCGCAAAAUUCGUGUCCAAGCUACGAGCUGAAGCACAGCUGGCAGCCAUGGGAGCCGUGUCAUCCUCUGUCAGUAGGCCCCCAGUGCACCCCUCAAGUUCAGAUAGUGGCCUUAGUAGCUGGUCACAAUCUGCAGCUACUGCAGCAGCGGCUGAGGAAUUGAGCGGAGGCCAUGCUGGACGAAGUAAAUCAGGGUAUGGAGCUACUCGAUAUGUAUUAAGCAUAAUUUGAGCACUCUAAAUUAACUGUAAAACAAAAUUACGUCAGCGUUAUACAACGUGCAAAGAGCGUAUUAUCCUUACAGCUAACACUGAAGAAAUAUCAACGACAACUGGUUUGCCAUACAGCUAUCUCUGACGUCAUCAACAACGAAGGAAUCAGUUACUUUCGAAUUACUUGUGUAGAUGCAAGAUGAAAUGACUUUGUCAAUGUUCGUCUUUCUUCUUCACGAAAAGAUUCAAAUGGAACUGACGCCCUGAGGUUAAGCGAGUAGACAAGUCCAAGGAAGUCGCUAAUGUGUGUGCACAUGCAUUGUGUUAUGUAGUGUUUAAAUUUCUUUGCAUUGGUUGGUUCCUGCCUCUGUUUAGUGGCGUAAAAUUUCGAAGUGAUUGUCUCAAUCAGCUACAUCCCUUUAUCGUUCGCAGUUCGACAAGUGAUGCAAGUUCAAGUUCAGGAUCAGUGAUGCUAACUGGUGACACUAGAGCUGAUGCCGACAUCUUGGCUUUUAUAAAAGCCAGGCAAAACCUUCUACAGCAAAGAGGUUUGUUAGAUUAUACGGGAAAAUGA